UUCCGCUCCAGGCCUGAUCAUCUGAGCUGUCAUGUCAAGCAUGUUCAUUCCACAGAGAGACCCUUCAAAUGCCAAACCUGUGAUGCAGCUUUUGCCACCAAAGACCGUCUGCGUUCACACAUGAUACGCCACGAGGGGAAGGUGUCCUGCCACAUCUGUGGUAAACUGCUGAGUGCAGCUUACAUCUCCAACCACAUCAAAAUGCAUAAUCACAACCAAAACCACAACUGCAAUGUUUGUAACAAAGGUUUUACCACCGCUGCCUACCUUCGGGUCCAUGCUCGAAAUCACCAUGGUGUCCAUUACAAGUCUCAAAGAUUUGUGUGUGAUCAGUGCGGCCUGCAGUGUCAGUCCCACAACCAUCUGAUAGGCCACAAGAAAAGUCACAUGGGAGAGACCCCAACUUCCAGUGCCCCCUCUGUGGCAGCAGUGGCUUUAAAAGAUUUUCCUCCCAUGGAUGCCACUUUUUCCCUCGCAUCCCCCUUCAGGGGAGGACUUCACUACAGCUACUGUCAAUGCCACUCCACAAUUGGCCAGCAGGAAACGCAAUUGAAAUGGGGCGAGUUGGAUCCUGCCUGCUUUCCUGCCACCUCACCCCACCUGACAUGGAAUGCCUUGGUACUGCGUGGCGCUUCAUCUAGCAGCCCAGUUGAGAACUGACAAAACUUACCAAACUGAGACACUGCUGAGGUUUGCCACACUCCAGCACCUGCUGUAAGUCCAAUGAAUAUAGUUAGGGCUGUGGAGAGUGUGCCUUUUCUGUCCCAGGUCUUGCCGACAUCUCCUCCAUGGUGAAGGAUAUUGGAAGCAAGUGCUACUGUCAACGGCUGAAUUAGAACUUUAUUAGCCAGUAGGUAUGCUGAUGCCUGAAGUGAAUUAAACCCAGGAUCUUCAAUUAAUUCUACCAAGAAGAUGGAGAUGUUGAGCGGUCUUUCUCCAGAGGGGAAAAAAAAAAUCAAAUUUGUAGUCUUUUUUUUUCCAACUAUGUAAAAUUAUGGUCUAAUGUCAGACUCUGGAUUCAUUGACUAGUUAAAAGGUAGGUUAUACAUUUGUCCAUGUCAUUCCUGUACCUCCAUCUGGGAAUAGGUUGGUGAUUUGUGCUGAAAAAUGGACACACAUGCUAAUGUAUAAAUAUGUACAUAGACAAAUUGAUUCUACAGAUGGAUCCCAUUCUGUCAGAACAGGAACACAAAAUUCAUUUGAGUUGGUGGAAGGCUGAGGAAUUGCCUCUCACUUAUUUGGUUGCAUAUUGUCACUACUGCUCAAUGUUGCAUCUAUUUGUACAAUUUGAACUGACUACACUGGGGAGGGACAGACUUCAGGAAAAAUGAGUAGUUCUGAGGUUGAAAGCCUGGAAUGUGCUGGUAUUUGACACAUUACAUCAUACCUGCACUUUUCUCAGAAUCUGCAAACCCACAAAUUAUUUACAAUAUAAAUGAGACUAAAGUUUUGACAUUGUUUUAAAGAAUGCUUUGAAUCACAUUGGUGUUACAUUGCACUGGUGUAUAAGUCGUACCCCUAUAUUAAUGAGGGCUGGAAAAUGAACAUCAAAUAUAAGCAGGUGCUGUUUCUUACCGUACUGUUUCUUCUGUGAUUAUAGUAAUUUGGUUUUGCUCUUAAGUUGAAGUGUUUUAGAAAGGUUAAACUGUCUUAUGCCUUUUAUUUUGGUCUUCAAAUGUGGAAUUUGACUUUUUUUUAAAAAAGAUGCAAGUAUUAGGACCUUGUUUUUCUGGCAAACAUGUAUGGAAGUUACUACUUGUCCAGUCUCCAUGGACUAUUAAUUUUGGAUCCAAUCAACAGACCAUAUUCCUACAAAAAGAAUAGUAAUUCAUUAUGUCACAUUAACACCCAGAAGGUAAGGAUGGAGGACUUGAAACAUGCCCACUAAAUCCAGGUUAUAAACUGGUUUCCUUUAUAGAAAGGAUGUCGUAAUCACAGUUUUAGCAUUGCCUCUCCUGAAAUCAUUAAUAUCAAGGCAAAUGAAAGUUAUCACUUCGGUUUCUCCAAGGUAGUUGUUUGUACAAUUCCCUUAGUGUUUCAUGUUAUUGAAAAUACUGAAUCAUGACUGUCUAUUUGGAUUCAUCUUUCUGGUUAAAUUACCUAGAGGAUCUUUCCCUCUAUGCAUGCUUUCAUUGUGUUCAAUUGCUAUUUUGCUCCAUGGUGACACUUGCAGUGCCCUCCUAAAACUUAUGGAAACUAGUAAGGUAAUAAAUAUGUUUAAAAUAUCUUGUGGAUUUAGUGGGUAAUUGAACUACACAAACCGGGAAGGAAGGUGUUGUGGAAUGGAGGGGGGGGAAAUAGGCAGAGUUCCCAUUCCUGAAUUUUUCUUUUUAUUAUUGAGUUACCUUCAAUAAGAAAUGCAUGGAUUGGGAUUGGUGACAAUAUUGGACUUAGAAAUAGUGACAGGAUACUCUGUGGUGGAGUAGCCAGCCUGUGUCCGUGGUCUAGGAUCACACAUGAAGCUUGGACAAUUCAGUGAGAUACCAAAUGGAAUCCAUUACCUGCAAAUAUAUGGCAGCAGGUAUCUUUAACUUAUCUCCAGGAGAGAAAUUUUAUUAAAAUUAAAAAUAUUGACUUUUUUGAGUUGUGCACUUUAUUGAGUUGCUCAUUUUUCUUUCCAUAAGUGAUCAUUUGAAAUAUUAUUUGACCUUUGUUAUUCUGCUGUGCAUAUGAUACACCAACCAGUGUAAGAAAAGCACCUGCCCGGGGUUUUACUGUUGGAUGUUUAAUGGCCAAUCUGUGGGGUCUAAAGCCAGAUGUAACAUUUUUUAUUCCUUUUGAAUCUUAAAAAUGUCCAGCAUUUUGGGAAUAAUUUCCUAAUUAUACAUUUCCAAAACUGAGCUUAACACAGCUGCAGAAAUUCUGGUUUCGCAGUUUGGUUUUUUACUUUGUUUUUAUCUUUUUGGUAAUAUUUUUAGUAAGGUACAGUAUUAAUAGGCUGCAAUUUAAUUACAAACCACAGUAUGUGGAUAUGUCCCAGUAUCUAAUUCUAACAUCAAAACUGUACUAUAUUCAUGAACCAUGCAAUAUUGUAAACUAUUAUUUCAUUUGGCAAAGAACUGAUCUGCCUUCUAUUUUAAUGAUCCAAAUUCCCAUUAUGGAAGUUCCCUAACUGAACAUUCUCUCAAGUGUACAAGUAACAUCUUCAGUUUACUUUUCCUUUCCUUUCCUUCUACUGCUUUUUUGAAUAUCCACACUUCGUAGCUAUAUGUUGAUAAAUAUACUACAUUAGUCAAUUUCUAUGUCAGUUUUACUUGGAUUGGCAUUACAGUGUAUUCUGAAUCUGUUUUCUGGCCAAACUGUUUUCCUCCAACUUUGGCCCUCUUCCCAACCCUUUCCCUAUUCUUCAUACGGACCUUAACAGAUUGUGGUGCAUGAAGUCAAAUCAAUUUUGAUUUUUUGGGAAGGUAUCCUUUUUGGGGGGUGGGGUGUGGGAGAGGUGUCGUGAAUUACAAAUUGAAGCACAUUGCUGGCUUUAAAAUAUUGCUGUUACUGGAAAUGUAAAAAAUUGAUCAACCUGUAUGACAGAAAUAGAAGUGCUUUGGCUUUAAAUCAUUUGUUUAAAAAAUGAAUUGAUGUGUAGGGAAAGCCAGUAACUAGUAAUGGACAAGAUUUCAUAUUUGACUCUUUUUUUGUUAGAAUUUUAAACAAAGUUUUGCUGCAUCUCCAAAUCUUUUGUGCAAUUAAAAAUGAUGAAACAGAAGAAUAAGUUCCAUUUCCCAAUACCAUUUGCUUUUCACACGUGCAUGUUGAAAAACUGUUUACAACUGCACUCUACAGCAGUGCUGCUUACUACCUCAGUAACGUUUUCACUUUCCACAUUGGAAGACAAAGCACCAUGACCCAUUGUACACUUUAGAAAAUUGUUGAAGAAUUACAGACCUAUUGUAAAUCUAGAUUACUCUAACUUGCUAUUUUUGUUAAAAUUACACAGUGUAUAUUUGUAAUGCAUUGACUUAAGCUUUAUUUGGCUUUCCUUUAUUACCUUGCUUUACAAUUAAUCAUGUGUACUAAAAAAUGAAUACCUUGCUGUUUCUGUGACUGUGCAAGAUACUGUCUUGUUUUCAAAAUUAAAAGUAUCGCCCUUGGGUCUUCUGAUGUCUUUUAAUAUAAGGAGAAGCCCAGUAUGUAUAGGGAGCUAAAAACCUGUUCUAUACUGCCUAGGCAUGAGAAAUAUUUUUAAAGUUUACAAUGGUAGUUAAAUAAUUGAAGCCUGCAGUUUGUUGCACCAUUUGUGGUGUUCAUUAGAUGUGGCAUUGUUGUCAAGACCUCAAAUUAAACUUUUUGCUUAUAAUAUCUCAAUGCAGAUUCAUUUACCAAGCAGUGAUUUAGCACAGGUUGAUUGAGUACUGAUGAUAACAUUGAGCUCUGAACAGUUGUCAACUAAUUGUGAUAGAUUUUUUUUCUUGUGUAGAUGAUACCGUAGCAGAGUGAUUAUAUUACUGGCUGAGUGAUCUAAAGGCCUCAUCAUUGAUCAGAAGACAUUGAUUCAAAUCCCACCAUGUCAGCUGGAAGUAUAAUUAAAUAAUUAUUUUUAAUAUUAUUUUAUAAAUAAAUGAAUUUAAAUAAAACAAAAUCAGUAAUUGUGAACACGAAGCAACUAGAUGCCCCAUAUUACAGCUCACCCAAUUUAUUCAGGUCCUUUUUAAAGAAGGAAGUCAGUCAUCUUUAACUGCACUGGCCUAAUGUAACACCAAACCUAUUUCAAUGUGGUUGAUUUUUGCGUUCUGAAAUGACCUGGCAAACCACUAUCAUCUCCUUGAGGACAAUUGGGAAUGGGUAAUCAAUGCUGGUCUUAGUGGUGUUAUCCUUCUCUGAUGAAUGAAUGAGGUUUUAAAAAUAAUAAAAGAUGCUAAGUGAUCCAGAAGUAGAAAAAAAAACAAAGGAUUUGUGUGUAACAGUGACUACUACAAAAGGUUUCCCAAUAAAGUUUUGGCUUUUCUUUCAAGGACAUAAAAACACUCUUUUUCCUGUGGAAUGUGCAACUCACGGACUGUUGAUCUGCUUCAACUUCACCAAUGCUACUCAGAAAUAGACUGUUAGAAGUUGAUCAAGACAAGCCUCCUGUAUCAACUACUUGUUCAUCACCCUCAAUAUGGAACGUUUUUGGUGUCAGCUCAGUACAUCAAUGAAUGUACUGAAGACAAAAUUUUAGAACUUAGUGUGUGGUUUUGCAGGCCUAAACACAGUCCUAUCAGCAAUAACAUUGCAGUACGAUUUCAACAUUCUAAACCGCGAUGGUGUCUGCUGUAGGUACAUUUUGACAUGUUCAGAUUGGAGCAUAAACGCAGUGGGAAUGCAGUUACGAUUUUAUUUUAUUUUUGUGUAAUAAAAGUUAAUAUCGAUGAAGUGAGAUGAAUACAGUGCAGAAUUGGCAAUUUUGAAGUGGUUCUUGACUAAUGUUAUCUCUUGAAAUCAUAGAGAUGAUUUGUAUUCAUGAGGUUAUACCUACCUAACACGACUCUUUCCACAUUUUAAAAUUGUUUUGAGUCUUGUGUUGUAACACUUUUUAAACUGAGAGUAAAUGGAAGUUAUUGUUCAAAUCUAGAAAGCCAGCACCACCAUAAUUUUCAACUGUAUCUCUUUGGUUCCUUUGUUUUGUUUCCUCCACUCUUCCUCCAACAAAGAGAAUGGAUGGCUGCCAGGAGGUGUACAGAGCUAUCUAUCCCUCUAUGCUCAACCAACCCGAAUUGGCCUCUGCCUGAUAGAAUAGUUUUCAAAGCUCCUAUGAGUUAUACCUUGCAGCUAAUCGCUAAUUUACUGCCUUUGGUACAUGGUAAAAUUGAUAUAGUCCUACUUUUUGCUAACUAAGGAAAGGUAAGGAGAAUUAUUGGGCAUGGUAGCCUAGUGAUUCUAUACUAGAUGAGCAGUUUAGAAGUUGAGAGUUCACAACGCAAGUUGGCAGUUUGAAUGUAUUAAAAGUUCUAAUUUGUGGCUGGCAUCAGCAAAGAUGUUGAAUUAUCAGUAAAUCAUCUGGUACACCUACAUUCUUCACGGAACAAAACAUCCUACCCCUUCCAAAUUCAGCUUACUCCAGUCCUGUUUACUAGGUUGACUUUAAUGCCCUCAGCAAUCUAGGGAUGAGUAAUACAUCACUCCUUGCUUGCAAUCCCCACAUUGAGAAAGGAAAUGCAAACAUGCAAGAGUUUGUAGGAAAAUGGAAAAUAAGUUGUCAGAUAUUUGGCACUAGGUCAAGCCAACUGAACUGUUGACAGCACCUUUAUGAAAUUCAAGCUGACAUUAUUUUCCCUCUGCUAAAGAGCAUUUUAUGGGCUAUUCAAAAUGAUGUGCUGAAGGAGGUGCAUUUUUGAGAUUCAGGAGGAGGAGUUUGGCUUUACAUCUGGCAAUGUAAUUUGCAUGUGCAAUAUGGGCUUCCCAUAGUUCCAGUUAUGGAAAUUGUCUAAUUAUAACUAGUUAACAUUGAUUAAACCUAACUUGCACUGAUAAAAUUGUCUUUCCCUGUUAAUGCCUUCCAUGAAAAUGCAACACUAAUGAAGUGCUAUAAUAAAAACUUUAUCUGAUAGGAUAUAAAGUUGGGGCUAGCUACAUCAUUUGGGAAUGAAAUCUGAGUAUAGUAGAAAUCUGAAGUUACCUUUCCAGGAAUGGCUAAUGUACCUGAGACACUUUCAAGGCUGAGAUUGGUAGAUAUUUGUUGGAUAAAGAUAUCCAGGGUUAUGAAGUUGAGGUAAGGAUCAACUAUGACCUAAGAGACAGCCAGAAUGCAGUGCUCGUUAUUCUAUUUUUUAAAAUAUUUAAAAAUUAUUUUAAAAUAUUGAUAAAAUGGCAAUAAAAGACCAAUCUUUGUUGAAUUAAUUAAAGAAUGGUCAGAAGUGAAAUGCGUCUCAGUGAGCUGUAAGUUUGCGUUUGUCAACUUCCCAAUUAGUAAAUAUGGAACAGUAGCCAUUUUAGCCUUGCACCUGUCUAUUGACCAAUCUCUGCUAAAAGUACUUGUACUGUUGGGGUAACCAUUGAAAUAACUUUUGCACAAUUAAGUUCCCGUUUGAAAAAUGGGAGGUGAGAAAGUGUUUUUAAAAACAUGUUUGUGAGAGUAUAAGCCUUUGGGACUUCUGUUAGUUGGCAAAGUCAUAAUAUCUUGACAUAUUCCCUGUUCAACUUUCUGCUUCUGCUAUAACUUGGCCAUUCAUUUAUGGGAUGCUUUUCUCCCUAGUGUUAAAAGAAUAAAAUGAUUCUCAAUUUCUUUGAAUCAGUAAACUUGGUCUGAGAUUAUAGGGAAUUAUGAAAAAGUUUUCAGAACUGAGUGGUGAAACCUACUUGUUGUAUUGGAGUCUACAUUCAUACUGUUUAUUUUUGUUCAUUGCUACUUGCAAGUACUGUUCUUGAAUGGUGUGUUAAAAUGGAUUAUGUUUUCUAAUAUAAAAUAUUAGGAAGAAUAUACUUACUUUAGAGGGAGUUCAGUAGUUGUUCACCUGGCAGGCACUGAGAUGAAAGUUAAACAAGAAGAGAACUUGGUCUAAGUUCUCAUUCUUUGUUUAAAAGAAUGAGAGAUGGUCUCAUUGAAACAUAAAGUUCUUAAGGUUCUUGAAAGGGUAGAUGCUCUAAGGAGGGUAACCCUUCUGGGAGUCUGGAACCAGGGAUUACGUUUUCAAAAUAAGGGCCAUGAGAAUUGUUUCAACUCAAAGGAUCAUAAAUCUUUGAAAUUCUCUGCCCCAAAAAAUUGGGAUGUUCAGUUGUUGAGCAUGUUCAAGACAAAUUGACAGGUUUUUGGGUGUGGAAAAUUGAGAUUUGGGAAUAGAGUGGCAAAAUGUAACCAAAGAAGAUGAUCAGCAAAGAUUGCAUGAUGAAGCAGACUUGGCAGAAUGUCCUAUUCCUGCGCUGAAUUCUCUAGAUAGGGAGCUGACUUUAAAUAGGUCUGCAAGUCGUCUCCAUGUGUGGUAACGCUGUUUUCUAGGUAGUGCUGCAAGGAGCUGAGUUGCUAAGCAACAUUGUCAUACAAUACAUUCUUGCUUCUGAUUUGAAUGAGCCUGAAAUGCAUCUUUGGAGGAAAGUUGCCAAUUGCCCAAUAUUUUCUCCAUGAGCAUGGGAUAUUGUAGUUGUAUAUUGGAUUACUGAUCAUGAAGUAAAGUCAUUUUCUGGUUUUUAUUAAAAGAAUUGUGAUUGCUAAAGAAUCUACUUUUGAACUUGUUUUCAAGAAGGAUUCAGUUCCCAUUUUCUAGCACCAGCUUUUGUCUUUUGCUGAGCCAGAAAUUCUGAUCAUCUAGUACAGAAUCAGCAUGUUUACCCGUUUCAACCUUGUUUCCUUUGUGUUUACUCAUAACCACAAUCGAACAGAAUUUUUGUUUAUUGGUAGAUGAUUUGAGUGUCCUCAGUUGUAAUAUGCGUACUGUUUCGUAUCCUGAUCUGGUCGCAUUCACAAGUAAUGCCAAGACCAAUUCAACCAGAAAUUGUAUCCAACUGGUAUAGGUUUCUACCAUCAUGUAUAAUAAGACAUGUUGAAAGCAUAACUUUAAAACAUUGUACUGAAAUCUUCAAAUACAUUUGGGAAAUAUGUAGCAGCUAUUAUGGAAAACUAGGUUUAUGGGUUUUUCUUUAAGUUUCUUAAGAAUUUUACCAAAUAGCUGUAGGUACAGAGUUCAUCAUGUAAUAAUGAGUAUAUAUGGUACCACCUCUAUUUCAGUACAUAUCAGAAAGCUCUUCCUGUGAACAUGAAACAGUAAGACACUAUUUCAAGGAUUGUGUGCUGUACACCAUGGAGUUUACUGUUUGUGAGAAGUAGACAAUAUGCAGUUUAACCUGUGAAGAACUGCUGCAUCUCAGAGCAGAAUUUAAUGAAACAAUUUUCAAUCUGACUAAAAUAAAGGUUUAAUGUUUGCACUGUUUAUAGAAUCUAUAAUUUUUGGCUAUACUACAGUAAUUUCUCAAAGGGAUAGGGGUGUGACAGUGCUAAAACUGUAGAUUCUCAAACAACAUUUUUAAAAUAAAACUAAAACAUAAAAUGUAACCUGUAAAAAUAAUACAAAUUAACAGAUGCCUGAAAGUGAUAGCAAGAGUUUACUUUUGCAUCCAAUUGCUUCAUGACCUCCAUGAUUAGACUACAACCUUCAUAAAUCACUCCAAGAUGUUCAUUAUUCUCUAUUUCAGACCCUUAGCGGGACUGCAGGGAUUGGGGUGGGUGUGAUUCGAUGUGAUUUCAUCAAAUGCAUAUUUUGCAGUAAGAUUCUCAUUAGAACCUCCUAUGAUAACAACUGUUGCAACGCACAGGUCAUUGUUGGAUUGUUAGCUCUGGUAUUCAGUGCUUUUUCAGUUUUUGCCCAUGAUUUUAUAAUUUUUUAAUGAUCAGGUUUUUGCAAGUGUACUGGAUUUGUUUUGCUGACUACUAAAGUCAUGCCAUGUGCGGUGAAGACACCUGCUGCCAUAUUUUGUCUGCUUCUGUUAAAUUCGUUUUAUGUCUACUGCUCUGCCUAGUAUUUGCAUAUAGUACAGAAUUGUGUCAAGAUUAAAAAAAGAAUCCUGUUCUAUUGUGUUCUGAUAACUUUUGGCUUUUUAUAUAUCUUGUGCUGUAUAUUCAGUGUAACUUUUAGCAGGAAGAAAAUGAUACCUGACCAUAGAUUUGUAGAUAACCUGUUCAGUAUGUAUUAUUGAAACUUUGAAUAAAUUUUUUUUUGUUAUGA